CGUGUACCCGCAUCCCUAUAAAAGACGGAUAUCUCGUGCCUUUGAAACACCCUUCCUCUCACUCUUCCUUGGCGGCCCUCUUCAUUCCGUAGAACCCCGGCUGCGCCGUACGAGCUCAAUGGACCUCUACAAAGGCAUAGAAGGGGGCAUCUCCGACCUCGCCCUCCUAGACAUGCUGACGGCCCCGGAUCUGCCCACCCCCAAGCACAGGUUGAAGAGGAGGGAUUCUGACUUGGAUCCGCUGCUAUUAGCGGCCGCUGCUGCAUAUGGCCCGCACGUUACUCGGAACCACUAUGCACAUGACUUCUUCCCUGCAGUGGGCGAUCCUCGCGCGGAGGGAGCGUACGACUGGACUCAGUGGCAUGGAGAGACGACGCAGCAGCGGAAGCCUCGCUACAGAUACGUGAGCAGGCAGGCUCCCCGGAGUCAGAGGCUAAAGGAGCAGGGUAUUGCGCCAGAGAAGGAGAACGAGCCUGUGAAAGAGGCUGCGACCCCUCUGCGGCGUACGGACAAUCUCCCUCUCCCUCCGCCAAAGACUCAUUCCAUAGCUCGCCCUCCCGCACCACCGUCAUUACUAUCUUCACAGUCAGCUUCGGUUACCGAUGCUUCGGCGAGCGUCUUCACGUCUCCGACAAUUUCGGCCGUUCAGGUCAAGUGCAUGGCACGCACGAGAGUACCCACUCCGCACGGCCCGGUCUUCUUACAUUUAUACCACAACAAUCGAGACAACAAAGAGCACCUUGCCAUCGUUGUAGACCCGGCGCAGCUGAACGACGAUAGACCUCAACUCGCACGUCCACUACGUAGUCAAUCACUAGAUGCUGUCUGGUCAGAUUCUGAGACGGAGAUGGACCGUAUCACGCGGGGAGCAUACGUCGGACGGUUGUCUCCCACUUCGCAAACCCCUUCCACUCCAAUAGAGCAGUCGACCAUUACCACAGGCACCAUCCCGUUUCCUCUUGUUCGAAUACACUCGGAAUGUUUCACUGGGGAAACCAUCGGGAGUAUGCGUUGCGACUGCGGCGAGCAACUUGACGAAGCCAUCCGGCAGAUAUCCCAGCCUAUCGUGAUCCCUGCUUCAUCUCCAUCGGCAGAGCCGAUCACGAUACCCGGACGCGGGGCCGUAGUUUAUCUCCGUCAGGAGGGCCGCGGUAUUGGUCUUCUCUCCAAGAUUCGGGCGUACAAUCUGCAGGACCUUGGACACGACACUGUCACGGCGAACAUAAUGCUCGGAUAUAAGGCGGAUGAGCGGGGAUACGAGGUCGCCGCAGCCAUCUUGCGGGAUCUGGGUUUGGGGGCGGAGACAGGGGAAGGUAUGCGGUUGUUGACGAACAACCCGGAUAAGGUGCAGGCGCUAGAGCAGGAAGGAAUUCGCAUCGUAGAGCGCGUACCGAUGGUUCCAAGGACGUGGCAGCAUCGUCAACACAAACAUGACGAUGUCAAGAAGGUGGAAAUGGUGCACGGCCUGACAAUGAUUGGUGGUGGGGAGGUGUACGGUGAGGACCUGGACCGCUAUCUGCGCACAAAAGUAUUGAAGAUGGGACACAUGCUGCCUCUCUCGGACGAUGCAUACGCAUAGCAUAUACCUCAAUCCAACAAAUCGUCGCUUGCAUAUAUAGCUGCAUCUAUCUCUUAUUAUUGACUUGUGUCACCUAAAUGGUUGCGGAGUGUGUAUCGUACAUCGGAAUUUGGAUGUAUUUAUUCCGAGCUGUGUACGCUGCCCUGUCGGCUGCAGCUUCGCUGAAAUAUGUCGGAAAC